GUGAGCGCACUCACGCAAACAACAACAACCACCUUCUUCUUGCCCGACCACAGACGCACUCCGCCACACCCACUCCAGCACUCCAACCUCAACGUCUCAGCCUUCCAGCCCAGCCCAGCAUCCCCAAAAGCCCCCCUUCCAGUCUUCGUUUCCACAUCGAAAUGAAGCGCCGCCACGCUGCCAGAUACAUCCUGGACAGUGAUGAAAGCGACGAGGAUGAGACGCUGACUGACCCGGCAAACAACAGCAGCUCUUCGGUGUUUGCCACCGGCACCACUACCAACGUAACGAGCGCCACACCAGCGCGGACAGCAUUAACGCUCAGCGAACCGGGUUUGUUCAGUUCCGCUGGCGAUGGCACCAUCAGCCAACAUGUCGCCAUUGCCACCGCCCACGUUUCCAGCAGCACAGACACCUACACCAGCGCGCCGGGAACGCACCGCAUGGGGACCGCUCAGCCAAGAGGAUCACGCAGGCAGCACAUCGAAUGCCGACGCCUUUUCUCAGCAAGGUCACGCACACCACGCGGCACCACCGUCGUCGCUCUCGAAGGAAAAACAACAGCAGCAACAGCAACAAGAUCAGCAGCAGUUGCACGGGCGCACAUUGCCACCGCCCUCGCCUGA